GCGGCCCGCAGUCCUCGCCGCGCGCGCGCCGCGACCGCCCGUGCCCUCCGCCGCCACCGCCAGCCGUGAUCCUCCAGUCUGUUCUAAAUUUGAAAAUGUCGUGGCCUCUCCUCCCCAAGUCCGGCGGGAGGCAGUUCUCAGUGCAGUGACCGCGGUGACGAUGCCGGAGUGCACCGAGCAGUGCACGUUCACGAUCCCGAUCAUCCGCUACACGAUGGAGGAGGAGCAGCCGCCGCCGCGCGCGCCGCCCAAGAAGAUGUCCCUGCUGGCGCCCGUGAGGAUCGACGCGCCGGAGCCGGCCCGCCGCGCGUCCGCGCCCUGCCGCUGCUCCCUGCCGCCGCAGUGCAGCAACCGCCUGUCCCCGCGCAGCGCCCGGCGCCGCGUGCCCCGCCGGAACUCCAAGACUGACGUGACCAGUAACUCUCCCCCGGAGACCCCGCUGGGCCCCCGGCCCUGCAACUGUGAGGAUUGCCGCGCCUCCAGCCCGCUGCCGCCCGGCUAUGGCCCGCAGACCCUCUCCCCUGGCUAUGACCAGAUGCAGAUGUCCCUCCUGGACGUCCCCUGGAGCGAGGACUACGCCGAGGCGUCCAGCGACGACCUCAGCUCCGAGUGGGACUCCGACGUGCCCGAGCCUCCUCCCCCGCCAAAGCAAUCCGAGAGAUGGCGCAAGCUCCGCAACAUCGUGCAGUGGACGCCCUUCUUCCAGACGUACAAGAAGCAGCGGUACCCGUGGGUGCAGCUGGCAGGGCACCAGGGCAACUUCAAGGCAGGGCCGGACCAGGGCACGAUAUUGAAGAAACUCAGCUCGCAGGAGGAGCGGUGUUUUCAGUUGCUGAUGAAAGACGUGUUAAGGCCGUUUGUUCCUGAAUACAAGGGACAAGUUACGUGCGAUGAUGGAGAAUUAUACCUUCAGCUUCAGGACCUGCUCAGCAGCUUCGACUGUCCGUGCGUGAUGGACUGCAAGGUGGGGGUCAGGACCUACCUGGAGGAGGAACUGGCUAAGGCCAAGGAGAAGACUAAGCUGAGAAAGGACAUGUACGAAAAAAUGAUCCAAAUCGACCAAAAGGCGCCGACGGAAGAGGAACACAGGAGCAAAGGUGUGACGAAGCCUCGAUACAUGAUCUGGAGAGAGACCAUCAGCUCUACUUCUACCCUCGGCUUCAGGAUCGACGGAGUCAAGAAGGGAGAUGGCACCAGCUCUAAAGACUUCAAGACUACGAAGACUAAGGAGCAAAUUUCUGAAGCCUUUAAAGAAUUCACGGCAGGAUUCCCUAAUGCUGUGCCUCGCUACCUAGAAAGACUGAAGAACAUCCGUGAAACCCUGAACGAGUCCCACUUCUUCAGAACCCACGAGCUCAUCGGGAGCUCCCUGCUCUUUGUCCACGACAAGAGGAAGGCGUCUAUCUGGAUGAUAGACUUCGCCAAGACCGUCCCCGUUCCUGACAACAUCAACAUUGACCACAAAUCCGCAUGGAAGGUCGGCAACCACGAAGACGGCUACCUCAUUGGAAUCAACAAUCUCAUUUCUAUUUUUGAAUCCAUUACGAGCAAAGACGGCAACGGUAACAUUGAACAAUGUUACUCCAACCUCAGCCUCGAUAAGGACGUUAGACAGGACAGUCUAGCCACUUGAAUCAACAAUAAAGUGUUGCUAAAGAGAUCUGACUCUUGUGUACCGAGAUGUACAUGAUGUGAAUACGAUAGCGGUAUGAAGUUACCGCGCGCCUGCUGACGACAGACCUCGCCUCUUGUGACGCGGGACGUCUUGAUAAACUGUUUUAUUUGUAAAUAAUUAUAGUAUUAUCCACUUUUAUUGUUACUAUGUUGUUUGAAAUACUCAUUGUAGGAUAGGAUAAGAGCACCACCAACGUUAUGUUAUCGUUAAGUUCAACUUCAUUGUGAUUUGAAGAAUAUUUUUGUAAUUAAAUCUAAGAAACUAUGAACCCAUUUACGUUAUAUUUAUUUUUCGUCUGAAUCUACACUAUAUUAGUGUAAAUGACAAAAUUACAUGUUUAGUAAUUAAGACAAAUCUUUAAAUAGACACUAAUUAAACUAUCGAAAAAUA